UCUGGGGCGCCUCGCGCCGAAGAACUGGGUGGGCUCGGCGGCCCGGAGGGGGCUCGCGGGGCUCGGAGCUCCGAUCCUUGCCACGCAGGCCGGUUGGCACCACUUGGCGCUGCCAGCCGCAGGGAAGGAAGUCGCGGCGCAGCCCGGUUCCCCAGCGGCUGUUCGGACGCGACCCUGGCGCCCACUGCCCGCGGCGGCCUCCGCAACGGCCCCGGGACCUAGAGGUGCGCGCCGCCGCCGGCGCCGCCCCCAUGCUGCUCGGAGCGCCCAGGCUGUGCGCGUCCAGGGCGGCCGCCGCUGCGCAGAGCGAGGGCGACGGCGACAGGCUGGGCGGGGACAUGGACGAGUCGUCGCUCCUGGACCUGCUGGAGUGCUCCGUGUGCCUGGAACGCCUGGACACGACGGCCAAGGUGCUGCCCUGCCAGCACACCUUCUGCCGCCGCUGCCUGGAGAGCAUCGUGUGCUCGCGCCACGAGCUGCGCUGCCCGGAGUGCCGCAUCCUCGUGGGCUGCGGCGUGGACGAGCUGCCCGCCAACAUCCUCCUGGUGCGCCUGCUGGACGGCAUCCGCCAGCGGCCCCGCGCCGGCGCCAGCCCUGGCAGCAGCCCGCCCGCGCGUCCUGGUCCGGGCCCCGGCCCCGGUUCCGGGGCGGCCUCGGCGCUCGCGGGUGCUGGGGGCAGCGCCCCUGGCUCCCCGGUUCUCCUCCCCGCGGCGACCAGCGCCAACGCCAGCCUGCGCGAGCUGGCAACCAGCAGGAGCGCGCCGCCAGCAAAGAGCCUUCCCCAGCCGUCCCCCAGCAAAGCCCUGCACAGCUGCGAGGGGAAGGAGCCCGGGGACCUCAGGUUCAGCGAGGGGGACGUCAUGGUCUUGCGGCACCGGGUGGACGAGCGCUGGUACCACGGCCUCCUGCCUGCCAGCUACGUCCAGGGCGUGCGGCCCCUGCCCCAGGCCCCGCCCCAGGGCAAAGCACUCUACGAUUUCGAGAUGAAGGACAGAGACCAGGACAAGGACUGCCUGACCUUCAGCAAGGAUGAAGUCCUGACUGUAAUCAGAAGAGUGGAUGACAACUGGGCGGAGGGAAUGCUGGGAGACAAGAUCGGGAUCUUCCCCCUGCUGUACGUGGAGCUCAACGCCGCCGCCAAGCAGCUGAUGGAGGUGGACAGGCUGGGCCCGGCCUCAGCGUCCGGCUGCCUCGCCGUCGUGCCCUCUGACCCCGGCGCGGGGGCCAGCGCGGCCCCGGGUCCCACUUCGGGCAGCACGGGGGCGGUCAGCGCCUUCCAGCGGCGUGUGGACAGUAAGAAGAAUGCCAAGAAGCGGCACUCCUUCACAGCGCUCAGCGUGACGCACAAGUCCACACAGGCCGCCAGCCACAGGCGCUCCAUGGAGAUCAGCGCCCCCGUGCUGAUCAGCUCCAGCGACCCCCGGGCCGCGGCCAGGAUCGGGGACCUGGCGCACCUGUCCCGCAGCGCUCCCACCCAGGACGCCUCGGCCGGAUGCACCCCAGCGGCUGAACAGCAGGGCACGGCUCCCAAAGUCCAGCUGCCCCUCAACGUGUACCUGGCGCUCUACGCCUACAAGCCCCAGAAGAGCGACGAGCUGGAGCUGCGCAAGGGCGACACGUACCGCGUGCUGGAGAAGUGUCGGGACGGCUGGUUCAAGGGCACAGCGCUGCGGACGGGGCUCUCGGGCGUGUUCCCGGGGAACUACGUGACGCCCGUCUCCAGGGUUCCUGUAGGCGGGGCUGGGCCACCCCGGAAUAAUGCAGUCGGAGGGUCUCCGCUGGCCAAGGGGAUGGCCUCAACCCUUCACCCAGGUGGUGGGAGUCUGAGUAGCCCGGCCACGGCCCUGAGGCCGGCCCUCCCCCUCACCAUGGCCCAGGCUCCAGCCCAGCACCAGGCAGUCUCGCCCGCACUGGGCAGUUGUCUGCGGCACUCAGUUCAGCCAGCGGCCAGCCAAGCCCGGAGCGCCGGCACCCCCGCUGCCCACCCGGCCCAGGCCCAGGGCCGACCCACCGCCGCGGUGUCGCCCCUGCGCGCCCAGAGCCUGCCCGCCGUGGGGUCCCCGCAGCACAGCCCCCGGCCAGCCAUCCCGCUCACGUCGGCAGCCUCGGCCGUCACUCCUCCCAACGUCAGCGCCGUCCACCUCAACGGGGAGGCCGGAGCGGGCCCUGCGGGCGGCCGGUCGGCACCCAGCCCCACCAGCUCAGGAGGUAGACCCGACGAGAGGAGAAGCGAAAGGAAAGACAAGAAGCCCGGGCUGCUGAAGCUACUGGCCGGCGCGUCCACCAGGAAGAAGUCGCGCUCCCCGCCGUCCACCUCUCCCACCCACGACCCCCAGGCAGCGGUGGACGCCUCACUCCAGGGCGCAGUGGGGCCCGAAGUGUCCUCACUGUCGGUCCACGGCAGGGCCGGGUCCUGCCCCGUUGAGGGCGAGAUGCAGGGGGCCUUGGGGUUGGAGCCGCUGCACAGGAAGGCGGGCUCCUUGGAUCUGAGCUUCCCGUCGCCCUCCCGGCAGGCCCCUCUCUCCAUGGCCGCCGUCCGCCCCGAGCCCAAGCUGCUGCCCAGAGAGAGGUACCGCGUGGUGGUCUCAUACCCGCCCCAGAGCGAGGCGGAGAUCGAGCUGAAGGAAGGGGACGUGGUCUUCGUGCACAAGAAGCGUGAGGACGGCUGGUACAAGGGGACCCUGCAGAGGAACGGCCGCACCGGCCUCUUCCCCGGCAGCUUCGUGGAGAGCUUCUGAGGCUGUGCCUGCCGCCCCCCAGGGACGGAGGUGCAGGGACCCCAGGGGAGCGGCCGCCCGAGGCCCCGGGUCCUUCUGGGGACCUGGCGGGGACGCCCGCACGCGCAGGACCCGGGGGCGAGGAGGUCACGGCUUCCACCCGCCCCGCGUCCUCCGACGGGGAGCAGACGCGCCGGGGCGGUUGGCUGCCGGGGUGCCCCUCUGCCGUCUGCGGGCGGGGCCGGUGGGGGGUAGGGCCCCGCGCGUUUGGAGAGUGUCCUUUGGGCGGCUCCGGGUUUCACGUGGGUCCUGAUUGCUCCUCGUCUCCGGCUAUACCUCAGGCACCUCCACCUGGACCCUCAGCACGGUGCCCUGGCCCGGGGUCGUCAACUGCCCCGUCCGGGCAAGGUCAGCACGUGGCUCCCGCGGGGCGAGGUGGCAGCGGUGCCUCGUGCUUUGCCACCACUGUCCCCUCUCCCUCGUGCUUCUUUCUUACAUCUUUUUACUGCAAAGCUGUUAGACUUUCUAAAUGUCUAACAGGUCGUUCACUGCCUAUUUUUCAUACAUCUGGUGCUGCCUUUUUGUAAAACUAGUCAGGACUUGGUUGAGCUUGAAAGAAAAAAUCUCUGGGGAGACACCAAAGGGGCAGAACUUUUACAGGCACCAUGUGAACCUGGAGAGCCAGGUCUUCACAGCCUCGGUGCUCGUGGGGCCAGAGGGGCCUGGGCAUUGGAGGGAGUUAGGAAAAGCCCGUGUCUUUCCACCCUUCCAGAGCCCCUGCCGCAUCUGGAGAUGUUCUGACGAGAGGUGGCAGUAAAGGAACGGGAGGGUGGGCCCCGGGUCAGGAGGCAGAACUUCCCUUCUGCGCUGUAGAGGGGACACCACAGCCAGCACUUCCACUGUCCAAACGUGCGGUUUUUACCACCGUUCAGAUCGACUGCCUUGUGACGGUUUCUCCUUUUUUUCUUUAAAUAAAUAACUGCUCUGCUCUCAGUGCACACCUUGGUCUCGAGAGCAGAGCCACGAGGAUAACGAGGGCUUUGAGGCGUCAUGCAGACUUGCAGGUCCAGGGAGCUGGGCGGGGAAGGGCAGCUCUGAUCCUGGGACCUUCCCCGUCGGGGGUCCACGAAGGGCACCCACGAGUCCACCUUCCCCCAAGCCCCGACGGGAGGAGCCCGUGAGAGAGACACCUUAGGAAUACUUUCCUAUCAGUUCCCAAACCCUCUCUCUCUUCACAAAGCCACUCAGGGUUAAAUCAGGCUGAACACACUAGCCUUUGGGAUGUCUCUGCAACAAAAUCCAGAAGCCCACUCCCCGGCCUGCCACGAGGCCGUGGCAGGAACGCUGUUGUCAGAGUUCCUGUGUUGGGGUGUGACCUGGCUACUUGUUGAUGCCAGGUGGCUCCACGCUGGCGGGUCGCCCCCAGGGAAAGCGCUCUUCCUCUCUCCAGGACAUGAUAGAUUGACAGAGUUGAGAAAUUUGUUCCGAAUCAAAGGAAAAAAAAUCCGGUUUAAAUGCAGGGAGUCCCACGCACCGAGUUUAUGACAGCCGGAAGGUGCGCGUUUGUCACUGGUUGCCAAAUUAGUUGCCUUCUGUGCACAGAAAUGCUGUGCGUGUCUACAAUUAUGUCAUCACCAAAAACAUGCGUGGAUUAACAUGCUGAGUGAGACACGUGUUCUCCAGUGAAACCAGAGCCGACUUCGUCCCCAGAUGAUAGGAACAUCUUCUUUCUAAACGUAGGCAGUUACCAAGCAACAGCACAGACCGCUCCCGGCACCACCCACGUGAUGCUGAGAGGCUGGCGCCUGGUGGAGGGGGCAUGCCCCCCUGCAGGUGUCUUAGCAAAGUUGUCGCCAGCCUAUCCUGCGCAGAGUCAGGGCUGGGCGCUGGGGCCUCCCCGGGGCCACCAACGUCGGGGCCUCCUCGCCGGCCAGGCUCCGGGGAGCAUGGACACGCACGACCACCCCCCUGCUUUGGGCUGUUUUCAAACCCUUGGUCAGAAAAUCAGCCCUCGUGACCAGUGAACCACAGACAGGGCAGGAGCAGAAGCAGACCCUUCUGCCAGGGGCUGUCCUGCCCGGAAGGGUCCCCUCGUCCUGGCCACUAAGAUGAACCAGCCCUUCGCCUGACACCCUCAGACUCCCCAGGUCCAGACCUCACGCACCGUGGUCGUGACGUGGCCUUUGGGGCCAAGGCGACAUGCUCUGAGGAGCAGGGUAGAGUCCUCAGCCACAUGCACUUGACAUCAGAGGACACGGAGGUGACAGGGCCAUCGGGCCAUCAGAGGGCCACGGGAACAGAGUCAGGAGAUGGCAGCCUCACAGUGAAUGCCGGGCUCUGGUGGGAAAUCGUUGGCACUUUGCACAGUCACACACAUGCACCCCUUGCUUCUGUUAGACACAGACGUCAGUGUGUGAUUCUGGAGGGACGGACUGAUGACAAACCAUGAUGCCUGUGUUUCCAAGUCUUUAAAUAAAACUGAACGUGGAGAGGCCUGGUGUCUGGAUCGGGGAGCAGUCAGGUGGGGCGGGGCUGGGCAGGAGAAUCGGCAGGUGUCCCCCACGUCCCCUCUGCCAGCCUGUGGGCGCACAGCCCUGCCACCCCCAGGAGCUUCCGAG